GCUGCGGCGCGUCUUCCCCAAUCCCCACAAUGCCUCCUCUCCUGCUCUGCAACGACGCGGCGUCUCCCGCGUAUUGCUACUUGCGUCACCGGCCGGCGUCAUCGGCGCGCGCAAACCGUGGCGCGACCCGGGGCCUUCUCCAUGGAAUUGUAGGUGCACACUGCACUGCUUGUGAUCUCCUUGUUGUCUGCCACCGGCUGGGCACCCGCGCGCCCUCCACCUGCUUGUGCAAAUGCUCGAGCACAGGCACCACCUGUUGAUCAGGAUGCCAGAAGAUACCUCCUGGGUCCUGGGUGCUAACUAGGAUCAUGUGCAACCGUCUUGGUGGAGAUACCUUUACUCCAACCGGAGAUGCUUAAACUGGCCCACACGAAUCAAGUAGAGGGAUUGCGAUUUGCGAUACAUAAUUCAUGGAGCAGCAGCUGCGACGGCAAGCAUGCCUGUGGUGGUAUCCACCUCCUCGCUCAAGAAAGAAAAAAAGAGGUAGUGUGCUCUUUGUGAAGAAGGCGACAGCAGACUGUAGCCCAUUCAUCUGGCGACUGCUACAGGCCACUUCCGUUACACAGGAGGGGGCGGCCCGGCCUCUGCAUGGAUGGAUUGAUACACGCAGCCAACACCAGGUCAGCUAAUUCUAGCCUUGUCAUAUUGAAUUUAUCCCACAUCUUUUUCACCAGAUGGGUAAUAAAUAUGCAAAGUUGCCUCAAACACUUCACAAAUAAAAUCAAGCGACAUAAUAAUAACUGGGUUAACAGUAGAGUAGAAGAGAUUCUACUGACGGGCUUUCCUUGGCUAAGCUCCACACUGCCCUUCCACUCGCUCGGCCGGCCAUCUCGUACACUGGCGCGAGUGCGGCAUGUCUGCAGCCAUUACACCGCUCCCCUCCCACAAACCUCCUGCUCGAUCGCCCGCGCGUGCGCGGUGCUGCCGAGCCAUCUCCGGUCGCUUUCCCCUGCGCUCCCACUUAUCUUGCACAACGCAAUCAUAGCCGAUGUAGAAACAAAUCGAUCAGCUACGGGCCAGCCAUGCCAUUACCCGCCACUUUCGCCAUCACUUCAUUCCCCAUCUAUCUUUAUUUUCUGCGAGCUGCAGCUUUUCCGAUCUAUGGUGCAUCGAGGUAAUAGACCGGAGAUGCUACUGCAAGUGCCAUGUAUGUAGUAGCCUUGGCUAGCGCUAAGCUACUGCCGAUAGUCCAUCACUGCUAUAUCCCUUUCCAGUAAAUUAAGGAUCAAGGCGCUCUGCCCAGAUGGACGUCAAGCGCGCGGCCAUGCUCCUCCUCCUCCACUUCAUGCUCUUCCAUGCCGUGACCUCUGCCCUGGCUGAGCGGCGGUCUGGCACGACCAUCCGACGGCCGCGGCAGCAGCCGCUGCUCCAGGAGAAGGCCACGCUCCUGGCGUUGAAGCGCUCCCUCAUCUUGCUGUCUCCAUCGGUCCUGGCCGACUGGAACGAAUCCAACAGCGACGUAUGCGGCUUCACUGGCAUCACCUGCGACUGGAGGCGGCAUCACGUCAUCAGCCUGUCGCUAGCCGGCAUGAACAUCUCUGGUGGCAUCCCGCCGGUCAUCGGCAACCUCACGCGCCUCAGGAUCCUUGACAUGUCCAGCAAUUUCCUCACAGGGCUGAUCCCUGCCGAGCUCUCCAACCUGCGCCGCCUCGACGUCCUCAAGCUUGGCCAGAACCAGCUCAGCGGCGGCAUACCUCCAUCCCUCUCCGAGCUGGCGAGCGUGUUCUACCUCAGCCUUAGGGAUAACCGCCUCUCCGGCCCUAUCCCUGGCGUUAUCUUCAAGAACUGCACCUACCUAGGUGUUGUCGACUUCGGCAACAAUGACCUCUCCGGCGAAAUCCCCGGUGAGGCUUCGGACAACCUCGCAGACUGGUUUAUCGCCCUCAACCUCUACUCCAACAGGCUAACUGGGAGACUCCCACGGUGGCUCGCCAACUGCACCUAUCUGUACCUGCUGGACGUGGAAAACAACUCGCUCGCCGACGAGCUCCCUUCUGGGAUCAUAUCAGGCAAGCAGCAGCUCAAGUACCUGCAUUUGUCCAACAACGACCAGUUCUGGAGCCACGAUGAUAACACCAACCUGGAGCCAUUCUUUGUGGCGGUAUCAAACUGCUCCCAGAUAUUGGAGAUCGAGGCCGGGGCCGUGGGGAUUGGCGGGCUGCUGCCGAGCCGGCUUGGCACGAUGCUACCGCCCAACAUAUCGCACCUCAAUCUGGAGCUUAACGAGAUCAAGGGCCCGAUCCCGGCUGAUGUCGGCGACGUGAUAAACAUCACGCUGAUGAACCUGUCGAGCAACCAGCUAAACGGGACGGUCCCAACAUCCAUCUGUGCAUUGCCGAAGCUCGAGCGGCUCUCCCUGUCCAACAACGCCUUGACAGGCACGAUCCCAGCAUGCAUAGGCAACGCCACGAGCCUCGGCGAGCUGGACCUGUCAGGCAACGCGCUGUCGGGGAGCAUCCCGAGCGGCAUCGGAAGCGGGCUGGUCAACCUGUACCUGCAGAACAACCAGCUCUCCGGGGAGAUACCGGCUACCCGCCUCGCUGAAUGCAUCCGCCUGCUGCACCUCGACCUCUCGAACAACAGCCUGAAGGGUGAGGUACCAGAGAGGGUAUCUGGCACUGAUAUUCUAUAUUUGAACCUAUCCCAUAACCAGAUCAGAGGUGAGCUGCCGCGGGGGCUCGGUGACAUGCAGCAGGUGCAAGCGAUUGACCUGUCCUGGAACAACUUCACCGGCAUGAUCUCCCUGCAGCUCGGCAGCUGCCACGAGCUGGAGGUUCUCGACCUGUCGCACAACUCGCUCACCGGAGUCCUACCGUCCUCCCUCGAGCUCCUUGAAGACCUCAAAAACCUUGACGUCUCCGACAACUCCCUGACUGGUGAGAUCCCCAUCAACCUGACGAAAUGCACCAGCCUAAAACAUUUCAACUUGUCAUACAACGACUUCGUUGGCCAUGUACCCAUCACCGGCGUCUUUGCGGAUUUCACCUUCCUGUCCUACAUCGGCAACCCACGGCUCUGCGGCUCGGUGGUCAGGCGCAACUGCCAAAGGCACCACCCGUGGUACCAGUCCCGGAAGUACUUGGUUGUGAUGUGUCUCUGUGCCGCUGUUCUGGCAUUCAUUUUGACAAUCCUCUGCGCGGUCAGUGCCCAGAAGAUCCGGUAUCGCCUCGCAGUGGUGAGGGAGGAAAUGUUUAGGGGCCGCCGUAGUGGCGGCUCAUCGCCCGUGAUGAAGUACAAGUACCCACGGAUCACAUACCAGGAGCUGGUCGAGGCAACGGAGGAGUUCUGCGCUGACCGGCUGGUCGGGGCAGGCAGCUAUGGCCGGGUGUACCGUGGUACGCUGCAGGAUGGCACCAUGGUCGCUGUGAAGGUGCUGCAGCUCCAGUCAGGGAACUCAACCAAGAGCUUCAGCCGUGAAUGCCAGGUCCUGAAGCGCAUUCGACACCGUAACCUCAUGCGUAUCAUCACCGCGUGCAGCCUGGCGGACUUCAAGGCACUGGUCCUGCCGUUCAUGGCGAAGGGCAGCCUUGAGCGGUGCCUCUACGCUGGACCGCCGGCCGAGCUCAGCCUGGUGCAGCGCGUCAACAUCUGCAGCGACAUUGCCGAGGGGGUGGCCUACCUGCACCACCACUCACCGAUCAAGGUCAUCCACUGCGACCUUAAGCCGAGCAAUGUCCUCAUCAACGACGACAUGACUGCGCUGGUGUCCGACUUUGGCAUCUCCCGGCUGGUCAUGAGCGUUGGCGGGGUGGCCAACACCGCUGAUGUUGGCGCCUCCACCGUCAACAUGCUGUGCGGCUCCAUCGGAUACAUACCUCCAGAAUACGGGUAUGGUUCGGACCCAACAACGAAGGGCGAUGUGUACAGCUUCGGCGUUCUGGUGAUGGAGAUGGUAACAAGGAAGAAGCCGACCGACGACAUGUUUGAGGCUGGGCUGAGCCUGCACAAGUGGGUAAAGAGCCACUACCAUGGCCGGGCCGACGUGGUGGUGGACCAGGCGUUGGCAGGCAUGGUCAUGGAUCAGACACCUGAGGUGAGAAGGAUGUGGGAUGUGGCCAUCGGCGAGCUGCUGGAGCUCGGCAUUCUCUGCACUCAUGAGAGCGCGUCGAUGCGGCCGGCCAUGAUAGACGCUGCCGGCGACCUGGACCGGCUCAAACGAUACCUCGGUGGUGACACAACGGCUACAUUCGAGUCCUCGCUGGGCUUCUCAUCUAUGACAAUAGAAGAUAUUGACGACUAGCCAGUAGUAGCAAACUAGCAAUUAACAAACAUAUAGUACUGUUGUGUAUUCAUAGCAUUGCUAGAAUUUCUGCAGGAGACACGAUUCUAGCAGGAAAGAUGGGAUUCUGAAUGUGCAGGUAAUCAGAAGUUGAAGACAUGUAACAUUCUUUCAAGGUUUCUGACUGGGUGUAGUAUGAGCUUUGGCCAUAGAUUUGUAUAUGAUGAUUUUAGUUCAGAGAGUAACUGAAUAGCUAUGUACCUUGGUCAUUUCCUGUUUU